CAUGCACGCCACGCCUGUCGAUUCGAUUCUUUGGACCUGAACUAUAUCAACAAGUAACCAGGGUGUUCAUCUUCAUUUAGACACAAUCAUCAGAAUAUCAAUCAGCGCUUCCUAUGUUUCUAGAAUAGGAAGGGAAAGGAUGUCACAGUGACGCCAUCAGGGCCAGAUUUAAACUUUGAAGCCCAAAGGGUAAAUCUUCACCAUGGCCUUUCUCAUGAAUUCUCCUCCCCUCCACCGUCCCUGUUCUAAGCACACUCACUUAAGCACACUUUCCUAAAACCACCACCACCACCACCACCACCAUGCCCUCAGCCUGGACCGAUGACAACAACAACGACCAUCCCCCAAACCAUGCAUCAUCCCCAACCCCAGCCGCCAACUUCCUCACGACAGAGAUCUACAACAUCGGCGCCCAGCCGGGCAUCCGCUCGCUGCCCCCGAGCCCAGAACGCGACUUCCUGGCCCUAACCUGGGGCCCCGUCGUCUAUCGCACGGCCUACAGCGCCCGCUCGGACCGACUCCUACCAGUGUUCCUGCGCGCCCUGUCCUACGAGGUCCAGGCGGCCAUCCCGCGCCGGCUCCCCGGCACGCGCAAGCAGCGGCACCUCCUCGAGACGAGCUACGCCUGCAAGGUCUUCAGCGACGAGACGCGGUAUGCGGGAGCGGAGAUCGGCGCCGUCCGCCGCGCGUUCCACGACUGGAAGCGCGCGGACCUGGAGCUGCCGCUGAUGGAGCUGCCGGCGCGGUUGCGGGUGUGUUUGGUGGUGGACGAGGAGGUGCUGCGGGCUUUGGAGAGAAUGAUGACGAAGGAGGAAGACGGGGUGGACACGGACGAGGAGGCGAGGGGGGGUCCGACGCAAGACGGCAGCGAAAAGGGAUCCGGGGAGAUGUCUUACGGCCGAUGUCCGGUCAUCAUGAUGGAGGAGAAUUUCCCGGAUCGGAGGAGGCGGGACUCCAAUCCCGCGGACGGAGAGUACCCCGGCUGGACGCAGGUGGCGCUCUCAGCAGUCGUGGAGGUACUCGAGGGGAUGAGGUUUGGAAAUGGAUUGAGUCGGUUUCAUCGCUCUGGCCGAAUUUAUCUGGGAGAGAUCUCUUCCAGUAUGGUUCUUAUCGCGCAAGGAGCACGCCUGCUCAUUGGCCAGAUUGAGAGCAGUCACGUGGUGAUAGGACAUCCAUUUCCACCCAUCGCUGCCAGUUUGUCAUCGUUCAAUCCCUUCGUGCUCGUCAAUUAUACAAUUCCUUUUGAUUUUGUGAUAGUCGAAAUACUUGGCUUUCUGAGAGGAGUGUACACCAUGGAACGGUAUCUUUCCAGAAAACGGGCCCGGAGUCCACCGGCGCCCACCUGCUCCGACGAAGACUCGACCGAUAUGAAGCUCGCGCGCCUGGCCUCACUCUUCCCAAACAUGGCUCUAGAUGCAUUGAUGGAGAUUCUACUCUCCACUGGCGGCUGCGUCGAGACGGCAACCACCACAAUCCAAGCUCAAGCCUCUCUGUACCCUCUCAAAAAGCGAUCAACGGCCGGCGCCACACCCGCCGUUCAGACUUCCUUGAAUGCCCACAUGCGAAUAUCCCACCACCCGGGACAAAAGCGAUCGCGGACCCGAAAAGGCAAGACGCUGCAUCUAUACUCUCCGGAAGACAUCGCGGCGCACACGCCCUGCACCAUCAUCCACAACUUCCUACCCGCGGAGCAAGCCAACGCGCUCCUCCUCGAGCUCCUCGACGAAUCGCAGCACUUCUCGCGCUACCGAUUCCAGCUCUUCGACCGCACCGUCCAGAGCCCCCACUCCGCCAGCAUCUACGUCGCCACCCCCGAGCAACACCGCCAGCACACCUCCGAGUACACCUACGGCGGCACCUACCGGGCCACCGUCCGGCAGACCACCCCCCACCUGCGCGCGGUCUCCGGCAAGGUCCAGCAGGCGGUCAACGCGGAGAUCCAGCGCCGCAUCCGCACCGUCUACCCGGGCGGCCGCAAGCUGAAGUAUCAGUCCCCCAAGGUGUGGAUGCCCAAUGCGGCCUUUGUGAAUUGCUACGACGGCCCCACGGAGGCGGUUGGAUACCACUCGGAUGAGCUGACCUAUCUCGGCCCGCGGGCCGUGAUCGGAAGCUUGAGUCUCGGCGUUGAGCGGGAGUUUCGUGUCCGAAGGAUUGUUCCCACAGACGACCAUGACGACGAUGACGCUGAAGACCUGGGGGCGCCGGAAGAUACUCCCGAAGGACGGAUCUCGGCGCAUACAGCGGAGAAGACUUCCACUUCGGCCAAAGUCCCGAAGGAACCGAAUCCUUUGGAAGAACACAACAACUCUCGCAAAGCACCGAUGACAUCGUCAUCACCAGCAUCAGCAUCAGUAUCAGCAUCAGCAUCAGCAUCAGUAUCAGCAUCAGCAUCAGCAUCAUCCCGGGCAGACGCUCAGGGUCAAAUCUCUAUACACCUCCCGCACAACUCGCUGCUGGUCAUGCACGCUGAGAUGCAAGAGGAAUGGAAGCACGCCAUUGUCCCGGCACAAACCAUCUCGCCGCAUCCGCUGGCGGGGAAUCGGCGCAUCAAUGUCACGUAUCGGUGGUACCGCGACUCAUUGCACCCGCGGUACACGCCCCGGUGCCGGUGUGGCGCCCAUACGAUUCUGCGGUGUGUGCAGCGCAGACGCGAGACCCGGGGCCGGUAUAUCUGGAUGUGCUAUGCGGGGUAUGCCCCGGGCAAGAAAGGGUGUAGCUUUUUCCAGUGGGCGGAUUUCGAUGAUGAUGGGGAGCCACUCUGGGACAAGACGGCGGUGCAUGAUGAUGCGCCGUGGUUGGAGAACUUCGUAGAAGGAUAG